CCGGGGAAGGUCAACUGUGCUAACCUGGGCUUCACACUGGCCCUGUGUCCCAGGGUAAUGGGUUCUCUCCCACCACAGGCUGAGGGAUCAGUGUGACAGAGAUGAGCACUGAGGCCAUGUGCAUCUAUGGCAUAUACACCCAAGUUUACCUUUAUGAGAUGAUCACUCAUAACAGGUUUAAGUGAUACAAAUCAUAAUAUCACAGGUUUACUAAUGAUACAAAGCAUAACAUUACAGGUAAAAAAAAAAUUCCUGCUUAUGUCACAGAUUUGAGAUUUAAACCAUAUCACCACAAGUGCAAGAUACACAAGGUUCUGUUUAUGAUCUUAGUAUAGCAUCAGAUAACCCUCUAGAUAGUGCACCUGAUAAGAGGCUGUCACCUUCAGACUAGGGCCAGGUCAGUGCACCAAGGAACCCCGAUCAAGGAGUGCGUGUGCUAGACUAUUGUGCUCCUCAGAAGGAAGAGGUGCAUCAGCGUGUAACUAGUCGGAACUGAAGUGCACAAGUGAAUUUAACAAGGACGGAAGUGUAUUGAAUGGCCACGAUGAUACAGAACGGAAUAAUGAAGGUAUCGGCGAGGUACCCACAUGCCCGGGGAAAAAUGAUGAACGGACACACGUCAGCCAUAUAUAUCGGAGAGGGCAUAGGGCUGCUGCCUCCAUCUGGCUCCCCAUCGGAAGAAAGCCUGAGCUCGGUGCCUAGUGAGGGCAGUGGAGGAGGAGGAGGAGGAGGCGGCGGGGGCGGGGGAGGGGAGGGAGCGGCCAUGUGGGUGAGUGGGCAGGAGGGCGGGGGGCUGACGUGGGAGGAGGUGGCCCGCCUGCUCCUCACCGAUCCCUCCUCUGGUCUGCCCUCGCGGGAAGUCCUCACCAGGCGGCAGGUGGUGGGCUUCAACGAGUUCUCGGAGACGGAAGAUGACCCGCUGUGGAAGAAGUACUUGGGACAGUUCAAGGAGCCCCUCAUCCUGCUACUCCUGGCCUCAUCGGUGGUCUCACUCUGCAUGGGCCAGUUCGACGAUGCGGUGGUCAUUACACUCGCCAUCGUCAUCGUGGCCACCGUCGCCUUCAUACAGGAGCUGCGGACCGACAAGGCGCUGGAGGAGCUCAAGAAACAAGUCCCGGUAACCUGUAUGUGUCUGAGGGACGGCUGCCUGCGGGAGUACCAGGCGCGGGAGCUGGUGCCAGGGGACGUGGUGCACCUGAACAUUGGCGACAGGGUACCGGCUGAUCUCAGGUUGAUGGAGGCGAAUGAUCUGUCCAUUGAUGAGUCCAGCUUCACGGGCGAGACUGAGCCGGCGCCUAAGGUCAACAGCGUCAUCACCACCGGAGGCUUCGGGGCGUCAUCAGGCAGCAUGGGCAACAUCGCGUACAUGGGCACCUUCGUCAGGACGGGGCGGGGCCGGGGCAUCGUCAUCAGCACCGGGGAGAAGUCGCAGUUCGGGGAGCUCUUCAAGAUGAUGCAGGAGGAGGAGGCCCCACGCACGCCCCUGCAGAAGAACAUGGACGAGCUGGCCAAGAAGCUCUCCGUGUUUUCCUUCUGCUUCAUCGGUGUUGUGUUUGCGCUCGGCCUCUACCAGGGCAUUCCCAUUCAGAAGAUCUUCAACAUUGCUGUGAGCCUGGCAGUGGCGGCCAUCCCUGAAGGCCUGCCCAUAGUGGUGACCAUGACCCUGUGUCUGGGGAUCCGGCGCAUGGCCCAGCGGUCAGCACUGGUCAAGGGCCUGCACACCGUCGAGACUCUGGGCUGUGUCACCACGGUCUGCUCCGAUAAGACAGGCACACUCACCAAGAAUGAGAUGACAGUGACCUGCAUCGUGACCUCGGAGGGUGACGAGUGCCGGAUGACGGGUGUGGGCUACUCCGCGGACGGGCAGGUGGUGUUCGAGGGCGGCUACUCUGAGCUGGCUAACGAGGCGGUCACCAAGCUGCUCGAGACAGGUGCUGUGUGUAACAACGCCCAGAUUGUCGGAGGUCAGCUGCUGGGCCAGCCUACCGACGGGGCCAUCCUUGCCGCGGCCAUCAAGCACGGGAUCUACAAUGCGGCCGAGAAGUAUCAGAGGCUGGAGGAGAACCCCUUCAAGUCUGAGACCAAGACCAUGUCCAUCAAGGUCAAGAACAAGAAGACGGGUGAGGUGGAGUGGCUGGUGAAGGGCGCGGUGGAGGUGGUGCUGCGUUCCUGCUCACACUACCAGCAGAACAUGGCCAUGCUGCCGCUCUCCCAGGAACGCCAGCACCACAUCCUCACCAUCGCCCUGGAGCGCUCACGACAGGGCCUGCGCGUCAUCGCCAUCGCACGUGGUUCAUCACUGUCCGAGCUGAGCUACAUGGGGCUGGUGGGCAUCAUGGACCCGCCGAGGGAGGGAGCGCGGCCCUCCAUCACCACCCUGCAGUCCACGGGGGUGCGAGUGAAGAUGGUGACGGGUGAUGCCCAGGAAACGGCUUGUGCCAUAGCUCAGGCUGUGGGGCUGCAGGUGAGGCCCGGGUCAGUGUUCUCCGGGGACCAGCUGGAUGCCAUGGACGACCGGCUGUUGGUGCGUCUCGUCCAGGAUGCAUCAGUCUUCUAUAGGGUCUCCCCGCGACACAAGCUGCGGAUCGUGAAGGCACUGCAGGAGGCCGGGGAGGUGGUGGGCAUGACAGGUGACGGCGUGAACGAUGUGGUGGCCCUCAAGCGUUCCAACAUCGGCAUCGCAAUGGGCCGCAUGGGGUCAGCAGUGAGCAAGGAGGCGGCAGACAUGAUCCUCAAUGACGACAACUUCACCACCAUCCUGUCAGCCAUAGAGGAGGGCAAGUGCAUCUACCACAACAUCAGUAACUUUGUGCAGUUCCAAGUGAGCACCAGCCUCGUCGCCCUCAGCCUCAUCGCUCUCUCCACACUCUUCGGCCUGCCCAGCCCCCUCAACCCCAUGCAGAUCCUGCUCAUCAAUGUGAUCAUGGACGGGCCGCCAGCGCUCACCCUCGGCAUGGAGCCCAUCGACGAGGACAUCAAGGGCCAGCCUCCCCGGGACACGCGCAAGGACCUCAUCACCAAGAAGCUGGUGCGGAACUGUGUCAUCUCGGCGGCUGUCAUCAUCUGUGGCACUCUCUGGGUCUUCAGGUCUGAGAUGAGCGACGGCAAGGUAACAGCGCGCGACACCACCAUGACCUUUGCCUGCUUUGUUAUGUACGACAUGUUCAACGCCAUGUCCUGCCGCUCCGACAAGAAGUCCGUGCUGGAGAUCGGCAUCACCUCAAACUGGUACCUCUUUGUCGCUCUCACCGCCACCAUCGUCUGUCUCCUCGGGGUGGUCUAUCUUCCGUUCCUGCAGUGGGUGUUUCAGACGGAGGCGAUCCAUCUCACCGACUGGUUCUAUCUCGUGUGUCUGACCUCCACGGUUCUCUUGGUGUCAGAGUUGAGGAAGUUGCUCGACCGCUUAGCUGAGGGUGGAUGGCCGCAGAAGUUGUCGGUGAGGAGCUUCUGGCCGGCUAAGAAGAGCAAGGCGGGGUGGAUGGAUGCUGUGUGAGUGUGUUGUUUGUCUUGUGUGUCUGAUAGUGUGUGUGUUUAUGUAUGUUUUAUUUUGUGUGUGUGUGUGUGUGUGUGUGUAAGUAGCUUGUCUGCUUUGUAUAAUGGUGUGAAUGUGUGUUUGUGUGUGUUUUUUUUCCUUCGUGUGUGUGUAACUUGUUUGUCUUGUGUUUGUGAAGGUGAGAAUGUGUACGUUUAUGUGUGUAUGUAUGAACGUAAAUGGUGUGUGUGUGUGUGUGAAAGUAAGUGUUUGUUUGUCCUUGUUUAUGUGUUUGUGUGUGUAGUUUAUUAGCAUUAUUUACUUAAUUUUCCAUCCACAGCCAUGAGAUUAUAAUGAUUCAGGUGCAAGCUCUCAACUCAAGCUUAUGUGUGUGUGUGUGCGUGAAUGUGAAUGUGUCUAUUAGGUUGGUUGGUUAGUGUGCGUGAAUGUGUCUGCAUGUGUGUGUGUGUGUGUGAAUGUGAGUGUGAGCUUAUCGUUGGUUGGUUAGUGUGUGUGAAUGUGUGUGUGUGUGUGUGUGUGUGUUUGGACCAAGAUGCAUCCACUCAUGAGCACUUCUUUCUGUACGUUUGGUGUGUUAGAAGUUCACCGUCUUCUUCACAUGAACCUGAGAAAACAGAAGUAGCUUGUUCGGCAAUUAUUUUAUCAAGUACGUUCGUGUUUAUAUUCGUAUGUUUGUAUUUUACAGUGCAUGUGUAUUUUUUUAGUCCGUGUACAUUAUUUAUUUUAGAGUUACCGUGUAUAUUUAUUUUACUCGCUAUCCAUCUCUACGUUUUUUGUUUUCUCCGUUUUUUUAUAUAUACAUACACCAAGACCAAGCGUGGGCAAACAUCUCAUUUUUUUAUUCUUCUUUCUAUUUUUUUUUUUCCCGUGAUGCGUUUUUUUAUACACGAACGUGAGAGAAAAGUGCAAUAGUUCGUACUUUUUUUUUUUUUAUGUAUUUAUUUAUUUAUUUUUUUUUUUUGCCGCACCUUCCCUCAUAUCACUAGUAUUAUUAUCGUAGUAUUAGACAGCGAAGUGAAGUGUUUUUUGUAAAGGAAGUAGACCAGUGUGUGUGACAUUUGCCGUUUGCGUGUGUGUGUGUGUGUGUGUGUGUGUGUGUGUGUGUGUGUGUGGGUAGGGAAGUCUGGUGCUUAUUUAUACACACCCUUUGCCUAUUUACCUAUUUCUUUACCUACCCAUUUACCCACCUACU